AUGGCGAAAAUCAAUAUAAAAUCCAAGAACAAAUCCAAGAGGAAAUCCAAAAAUAAAAAAACCAAAAAGCCCAAAAAAGUUAUUAAAAUCAUUGACACUGUCAUACCGAUUUCUACUCCUGUAGGUUCUGUUCAUUUUGACGAAUUUUUAAAAAUAUGCAGAGAGCCAAAAUUAAUUGAAAAUACUGUCAAAUCUACUAAAAAAACAAAAAACUCAAAAAAAAAGAAACAAAAAAAAGGUAAGAAAUCUAAGAAAGGUAAGAAAACUAAGAAAGCUACCAAAAAUAAAAAAACCAAGAAAUCUAAGAAAUCUAAGAAAUCUAAGAAAUCUAAGAAAUCUAAGAAAUUUAAAAAAUCUAAGAAAAUAGGUAUUUCUAAAGUAAAGAUAGUCGUAAAACCAGAUGAUAUUCCUGUGUCACCUCAACCAACAUUAUUUCCAUUGAUCAAGGCUUUACUAUUACCUUCCGAUGAUGAUGCUCUUGAUGAAAAUACAUUAUUUUCAGAAUUUGUUGUUGGUAAACCUGAAACUUUAAUUUUAAAACAAUCAUCAAUUCGAGAAAUAACAAUAAUUGAACAACAGGCCAAUAACACGGUUGACGAAAUAAAUAACUUAGAAGAAAAAAUCAAGACACUAAUGGAGAAACCUAAAUUGAAUGAAUCUGAAAUUAUCGAAUUGGAGAAUCAACAAUUGCUUGUUUUGAAGUUAUUAAACGAUUUUGAAAACAACUUGGCAAAAAUUCGCGAUAUUUUUAAGAAUGACAAUUUGGACAACACUAAUGAAACUGAUACCGAUGGAGAAGAGAUUAAAUGUUAUAUCGCCGAUAAGGCCGAAUCUCAUCAGAUGAAUGUAGAGAAGUGGUAUGAAAUCAAUGAUCUAGCAUACCUGUUAUCACCAAAUACAUCAUUUGACAAAGGCAUUACCGUAUCGGAAGGUCUUUUAGAAAUGCUUGAUGAAUUAAAAGACCAACAAACAUCACCGAAAAACAAUGCGAAACGCAUUGAUGUGUUCAAAAGACUUAAAAAUAAAUUCAGUAUAUUAUUGCCUCCACCAAAUGUGGACGGCAACAAAGACUAUUUGAUGUGGGUAGAUAAAAAACUUCACAGAGAUCAUCGGGAUAUGUUGAAUAGUUCUAAACAUCUGAAGAUAUUUCAGUGUUGGAAUCAGUUAGAACUAAAAUACAAUAUUAUAAAUGCACUUAUGAUAUCUUUGAAGGACGCUAUUAAGUCAACAUCACCGUUUUACUAUGCAAGUAAUAACACGAAAUCCCAGUUCGCGGUUGAUCAAAGUAUUCUGGUACAAGCAUUAGAUGAAUUCAAACGAAAGACGAGGAAUACAUUUUUACAUGCUGGUCUAGAGGAUUACUGGAAAAUAAAUCCUGAAUCUAUAAGGCUUGGAUCUAGACCUUCAUUUGACGUUACGAUCUGUCAAAGAAACACAGUUGUAGAUAAUACAGUUCCAAUAGAUAAACGGACAUUUUCAUUUUUGCAACAAAAUCCGAUAAAAACGAACGAUACCAUUUGUAAAGAUGCAAUAAAGCUGACAAGUUCGAAAAACAGUGAAAUUGAAGUCGGUAACACUAAUUAUAACUAA